GAAAAUAAUCAUGAAGUGUCGAAUCAAAAUGACGAUGGAGUAUUGCAUAACAAAAGCCCAGCUGGGCAAGAGCUUCCCAUUUGUCUCGAUCCAAGAGGGAAAAGAAAAGGAAAACAUAUUUCUUAUAUACUCCACUUCUAUAUCAAGGACUCUUUGUCAUCGAUCCGACAAUUAAAAUCCUUUUCGCAUAUAAUAAUAAUACCCAUAAAUUCCAUGCCAACCUUCUGAUUUGUGUACUUUCCGUGCCCAAUUUCUCUGCAUAACAAUAUAGCAAUUCCAGGGAGCUAUGUAUUCAAAUACCCAUUCACACAAAUGGGUAUGGGCAUGAAGAAGUGGAAGAAAAAACCUUUCCUAGAGCUCUCAGUUUUACUUUGACGCAUCUCUAGGUGUAGUAUAUAAGUCUAUAAGUUGAAUAGAUGGAGAGUACUAUUUCAGGGGUCGUGCAGUCCACAAGCUUGGAGAGUGUGGAGAAGGUUAUGUCUGCUGAUAACAUCAAAGGUGUGGUCUUGGCUAUCUCAUCCAGUUUCUUCAUUGGGUCUAGCUUCAUUAUCAAGAAAAAGGGACUCAAGAAGGCUGGUUCUGGAUCUGGUCUUAGAGCUGGUGCUGGAGGCUAUUCUUACUUAUUGGAGCCACUAUGGUGGGCUGGAAUGUUAACAAUGGUUGUUGGAGAAAUAGCUAAUUUUGCUGCCUACGCUUUUGCUCCAGCUACACUUGUAACUCCUCUUGGUGCACUAAGUAUUAUUAUCAGUGCUAUACUCGCACAAAUGUUUUUAGGGGAGAGACUACACAUUUUUGGUGUUGUUGGUUGUGUUUUGUGCAUUGUGGGUUCAACCAUCAUAGUAAUGCAUGCGCCGCAAGAGCGUGAAAUUGAGAAUGUGAAGGAACUCUGGGAUCUUGCAACUGAGCCAGGAUUCCUGUUGUAUGGAGCUAUGGUAGUAGGAUCAGUAGUUAUAAUCAUUGUUCGUUAUCUCCCGAAGUAUGGGCAAACUCAUAUAAUUGCCUAUGUUGGAGUUUGUUCACUUGUGGGCUCGAUUGGGGUUAUGAGUGUUAGGGCAUUGGGAAUAGCACUGAAGUUAACAUUUGAGGGUACAAAUCAAUUAGUGUAUCCACAGACAUGGGUCUUUGCAUUAAUUGUAGUGACGUGCUUGCUGACGCAAUUGAACUACUUAAACAAGGCUCUUGAUACAUUCAACUCUUCUGUCGUAUCUCCUAUACACUAUGUGAUGUUUACUACAUUAACAAUUCUAGCCAGCGUUAUCAUGUUUAAGGACUGGAGCGGGCAAUAUGCGACUCAAAUUGUUACUGAACUCUGUGGGUUUGUGACCAUUCUGUCAGGAACCUUCCUUCUUCACAAAACUAAAGACUUCAAUGAAGUGUCAUCACAAUCCUUCUCGUCACGACAUCCCAAGUAUGAAGAAAUAGAAGGAGAUGAUAUUGAAGGCAUUCCACUUAAGCGUCAAGAGACCAUGCGAUAGACCAUUAUUCAAGAAUCAAAAGCUCCAUUAUAUGCCUAUACUUUUUUUCGUGAUGGAAGUGAAGCUGCUGAUCAUCUCUUAUUGGCUGGCGUGUUCACUUAUAUGGACGACAAUAAGAUGGAAGGGUCGUUACCCUUUGAACCUAGUUGUUUGACCCCAAGAGUAAGUGAUUCAUUGAAUUGUAUAGUUUCUACUUUCUCUACACAAAGGGACAGCAAGUGACAUAUUGUUGAAAUUUUUGUUGCAUACAGUCAUCAGGUCGAGGAUCAGUGUGUUUGGUUGUGUAUGGCAUCGGAUAUUGUUGAUUUUUUUUUUCUCUUUUACAUUUGUAAACUCUGAUUUCAUGGGAUAUUGGUACUUUUAUUUCAUCUGCUUCAUCUUUUACCACAAGACUUGCAAAUUCAUAAUAAUAAACCAAAAGUAAUGCUACUAGGGAGAUAUUAAAUAUGGACUUCCAGUGAAUGUGUUG